CCGCAUUUCCUCUUUCCUCUUUCUUCCAACAUCCUCGUGAGAUUUCUCUGAAUUCGGCAUUCUUUCGGCCGCAAGACCCAUGUCCCCCGGGCCUAUUAUAUUGAUGGACCUCCCUAUGGAACGAUAUAUCCCUCGCUCUCAUCCCCUUGAAGACACCCUAAGCAAUUCGUACUAUACAGGGUAGAGAUUCCAGACGGAGAGCGAUCAAGAACAAUGGCAGAGCCAGGCGCGGAACAGACUCCAUAUCCAGAACCAGGAGAACCACCAGUUCCCGACAAAGCUCUUCAACUCCAAAUCCUUCUCAUCCUGUGUCUGAGCGUGUACAUAAUCACUGCGAUCUGUCUUCUUCUGAAAUCCUACUGUAUUGCCUAUGGCACUCUCGACUUCACCUCUACGCCUGCCACAACCCCGGACCAUACAGCCGCUUGGAACUCACUCCAGCGCCUGAAAUCCCUGAACCGCGUCGCGCCCCUCAAGCGCUAUGAUUCGUGGUAUACCUCAACUGUCUGUCAUGAACGGAGUCCGUUAUUAAGUAGGGAUUGGGAAAGUAGCAUCUGUGCAAUAUGUCUCGAAACUGUGAACAAAGCAGAUGUGAUACAUGCAUUGCCCUGUAAGCAUGUCUUUCAUCGACAGUGCCUUGAGACCUGGUUUCUCGAGUAUCACAAUGCGUGUCCCGUUUGCUGGCGGGUGUUUUUCGCUUGAACUUUACCGAGCACUGGCUGUGACCAUGAAAUUUGCCUGAUGGUCUAUCCGCAAGGGUGGCUAAGCGGUAUCGUGUCAUAUAUUAUUGGGCGUGUGCAUAGGCAUCAUGGUGUAUUUGCAAUUGAUUGUAGUAGCUACAGUGGGUCAAGUACUGUAUGGAAUCAGUCCCAGCAUGGAAUAAAUCUAUCAUCCAUUAGUCG